CCCUUCUCUUUCUUUUUAGAUUCUCUGUCUUAGCUAAACUACUUAUUAGCCGACCUACGCACCCGCAGCCACCACCACCAGCGUCGCCGUAGGGAGGAGAAAAUGGAUAUCAAUAACCCACAAAAUUUCUAUCAUGUGCCUGAAAACUUGCCUUUUCAUUGCUAUAUUGUGAAUAUCACAGCGGAGCAUGGCUUUUGGCAAAGCGAAAACCCCUUAACUCAAGCCCUCCCUCUCUUAGCAUGGCAGCUUGCGGUUGUUAUUAUGAUGAAUCGUAUUCUCUUUUAUCUCUUAAAACCUUUGGCUGUCCCUCGCAUUGUAACAGAUAUUCUGGCAGGUAUAUUGUUAGGACCAUCAGCAUUGAGCAAAACUCAUUUCUUUUCCGUGAUGUUUCCAUUAAGAAGUAUAUACACAGUAGAAACUGUGGCAUAUUGGGCAUUAACACUCCACUUGUUUAUGGCUGGUUUAGAAAUGGACUUGUAUUCCUUCUUUCGUAUAGGAAAAAAAUCCAUCCGCUUCGCCAUUGCCACCAUUUUGCUCCCAUUCAUCUUAGGCAUCUGUCUUUACUUCAUUGUAACUAGUAGCAGGGCGCCCUCCUCUUUCAGAAAAAGCGGUUGCAUCUUUUGGGGAGCAGCUUUAACAGUCACAAGUUACCCUGUUGUUGCUAGAAUUUUAGCCGACGAGAAGCUUCUUCACUCUGAUAUAGGAAGACUAGCCACGUCAAUUUCGUUUAUAAAUGAGUUAUUUACGUGGGUUCUUUUAUCUGUUUUAAUACCAUCUAGGAUAGGUGGAUUAAAUGCUUUACUUUCUCUAGUUGCAACCGCUGCCUUCACUGCUUUCUGCUUUAUUGUUGUUCGCCCUGCUCUUACUGUUUUAAUCCGCAAAACUUCUUCAGAGAACAAGUACAGUGAGUACUAUCUCUGCUUCAUUCUGGUAUCAGUUUCCUUCUUUUCUCUAGUCAGUGACAUGCUAGGGACGACAUCUAUCAUUGGGGCUUUCGUUUUCGGGCUAAUUAUGCCAAAUAGGAUACUUGCAAGUGUGCUUUUGGAGAAAUUUGAGGACUUUGUCACUGCAUAUUUGCUGCCAUUGUUCUUCGCAUCGAUGGGGUUAAGACUUAACAUUUGGAGCAUAACCAAUUGGGGUUUGUCCUUGUUUGUUUUAGUGUUAUGCUGUGGGGUCAAGAUUGUCAGCUCUAUGUUAGCUUCUUACUACUUCAAGUUGUCUCGUCAAGAUGGUUUCGCACUUGGAAUACUGUUGAACACGAAAAGCAUAUUGGCUAUGCUUAUCCUGCAUAUGGGCUUUGAUAAAUCGUAUUUGCAAGUAGAAGAUUACGUGACAAUGGCGCUUGCAAUUUUGCUAAUGACUGGAGCUGUAUCACCCAUAAUUUCCUCCAUUUACCACCCCAACAAACGUCUAUUACAAUACAAGCAGAGGACUAUACAGAACACUCGACCUGACUCCGAGUUCAGGAUCCUCACAUGCUUGCAAAGUACGGGAAAUGUAUCUGGCAUUAUCAAUCUGUUAGACUCCUCCAAUGCUACAACUGAAUCUCCUCUCUGCGUCUUUGCCCUCCACCUUGUCGAGCUCACUGGCCGCGCCUCUGCCAUGCUUAUAGUCCACAGCCCGGGAAAGAAAAGCAGAAGCAGCUAUUCGGAGAAGAUAGUUAGUUCAUUCGAGACUUACUCGAAUCUAAAUGAGCUGGUUGCCAUCCAACCUCUAACCGCGCUGUCCCCAUUCUCCACUAUGCAUGAAGAUAUUUGCAGUCUAGCUGAGGAAAAAGAAGUGGGUUUCCUGAUCCUCCCUUUCCAUAAGCUACCCACUCCUGAUGGAAAAUUAGAGGACGAAGGUAGCACAUCAUUCAGAGGUGUAAACCUUAAUGUGUUAGCUCAUGCACCUUGCACAGUUGGUAUCUUUGUAGACAGAGGAUUUGGAAUUCAUGGAGAAUCGAAUCUCACUAUGCGUCAAUUAGCAAUGUUAUUCAUCGGUGGUCCUGAUGAUCGUGAAGCAUUAUCUUAUGCCUGGAGAAUGUCACUAAGUCAUGGAGUUUCUUUAACAGUAGUGCGGUUUCUUCCUGGAGAGGGAGGGCAACAGAAUAUACAAGAACAAGAACAGGUUGGAGAUGCACGUAAAGGAGCAGUAUCCAUCGAAUUCUUGAGCAGACAACGGAAACUAGAUGAUGAAUUUGUGAAUGAAUUCAGGCUCAAAUCAGCAGGAGAACAGUUUAUGGGAUAUGAGGAGAAGAUAGUGAACAAUGAUGAAGAUCUAAUAGAAAGCUUGAAAGAAAUGCAUCAAAUAUAUGAUCUUUAUCUGGUGGGGAGAGGGGAAGGAAUGAAUUCUCCUCUAACAGCAGGAUUGAUGGAUUGGUGCGAGUAUCCUGAGCUAGGGGCAUUAGGUGAUUUAUUAAUUACUUCAAGUUUUGCACAGGGUUCAGUUAUGGUAAUACAACAAUAUGCUGGCUAUGAAGAGGGAGAUGAAGAAUUUGGGAAUCGUAUAGCAGGCUCGCCGGAUGGUUCAGGGCAUGGAGGGGAACAAGUCAGGAAUUGGCGAUCACCUUCAGAGGAUAAUGAUGAUGGUCUCGAGAUGGAGCCAUUUGCACAAACCAAAUCCAAGGGUCACAGUCACAGUCGCAGUCGCAGUCACAGUCACAGUCAUAGUCACAAUCACAGCCACAGUCACAGUGAUGAGAACGUUUAGGUAUGAAUUGUUUCUUCUGUUCCUGCGUAUGUGGGGCUGCUGCUGCUGCAGUUGUUCUAUAUGUAACAGAAAGCCAAUGUAAUUUAAUCGAUUUAGUAUGUAUCUACGUUUCCUUUGAAUAUGCA